CAUCACUUAACCAGACCACAUUCCAAAUCAAAAUUGCAAAAAAACUGUCCUUUACUUUCUUUUUUUUCCAACCUUCUUCCCUACCUUUUCCCUCCUUUUUGAGGCCUACCCUUCUUGCUUCCACCUUCUUACAUACACCCCAUCCCCAUGUCUCCUUUCCUUUUCUCAAGUUUCCUUCUUUCUCUCUCUAAAGGGUGCACUUAUUCCACAAAACAUAUAUAUAUUUAUACACAUGUCAAGAGCUACACUAUCCUUUACUCUCCAACAACAUCAUUGAUUCUUCUCUAGUUUAUGAUAUCUUUGCUUCACUUUUCUCUGUUUCAAACCAAGUGGAAAAGCAGAAUUUGAUUAUUGAAGAGCUAGCACCAUUAAAGAACAAGAGGAAGAAGACGAAGAAGAAGAAGAACGCAUUUGAGAUGGAAGAAAGGGUCUUUACCUGUCUCAUAUUUCUCCUAUUUGGUCAUUUCCUCUGUUCAGGUUCAAUUUCAACAAAGAAGAUAUCAAUAGGGUACAGCACAGAACAAGACCAUGAAGUAAAACAAUUGUUGCAUUUCACUUCCUCAAUUUCAACUACCCAAAAAGACAUUACUACUCCAAUCACAACAGUUCCUACAAUAACUCCAGCCAGUACCACACCUUCUACAACAACUCCAAUUAUAAACCCAACCUCAAACCCUGAUACAAGCACACCAGCAGUCAACAUGACCCCAAUUACAAACCCAGCUCCUGCAACUACAUCACCUGCAACUUCAGGGGCUAGCUGGUGUGUUGCUACCCAAAGUGCACCACAAAAAGAGUUACAAGUUGCUUUAGACUAUGCUUGUGGGUAUGGUGGUGUUGAUUGUUCAGCAAUACAGCUUAGUGGAAGUUGUUACAACCCCAGCACCAUUCGUGACCAUGCAUCAUAUGCGUUUAAUGCGUAUUAUCAGAAGAACCCAGUUCCAAAUAGCUGUAAUUUUGGAGGAACUGCUAUGAUUACAAGCACUGACCCAAGUACUGGGACAUGUCAAUAUGCAUCCACUAGCACAAGUUCAUCAUUGUUAAACACAACAAAUUCGAGUGGCUCAACAGUUUUUGGAGCUGUCCCUACUGGCCCCUCCACCCCAUCAUCAUCAUCGGCAGCUACCACAUUAAAGAGCUUAUUGUCACAUUCCUUUAUCAUUACAUGUCUCAUGACAUCGUUCCUGGGUAAAUGUCAUAUCUGAGAAGGGUGGAAAUUGCACUCAGCAUUCACUACAUAAUUGGAUCAAGUCAAUUUGAUCGCAUGCUGGCUUUUUUGAGUGACUGAUAAUCAAGCAUAGAUAAAUGAGUGGCACAUAUGUUUUUUUGCAGUCAUAGACAUAGGUUUGUUUUGAGAUUAAUCUUAUACUAGAUAUGUAAAUUAGUUGUAAGAGAAGACUCGUAGUGUAGAAGAAAAGCGAGCAAUAUGGAGGGUUCUGUAGAGAUAGUAACCAUUAAUAGUUUUCUCCCUUUCUUUCU